GUUAAGCAACUAUGAUCAGUUACCUAUAUAAAUAGGACGGCUGGCGUCUGAAUUUUUACUGUUUCUACAGAAAGUCUUUUGCAUCAGAAAAAGCUAAGAAACAUAGAAUGGAUUUCAGAAGCAAAAACGUGAUUUUGUUCGGCUUUAUCUUGUUCCUUUCAGCUAUCGGCUGGUCGGCAGCAUUUCAGUGCUAUGUGUGCGAUUCUGUAUCAGAUUCGAACUGCGGUGAUUCGUUUGAUACAUCUUCCUCAUACGCUACUUCCUUUGUAUCAGCUUCAUCCGCAUGCACUGCAUGCACUAAAGUGAAAGAUAGAGGUACUAUUACAAGGACCUGCUCCACAAUUAUAGCUACUGACGGUUGUGAUUCACAAGGUGGCAUUACGGGGUGUGCAUGUACUUCCAACCUGUGUAACGGAGGAUCUAGCUCUCGACUCAAAGUCACUACUGUUGCCUUUAUAAGUUCCCUCCCUUUGAUUAUCUACAAAUUUGGAUUGUAAAGUGGAUUUUCUCUUUCAUCUCUUCUUUUGUGUUUUGUAAAUUAUAUCAUUUUCAAAUUUAACGAUGUUGCCUGUAAUAUGUUUUCCAUUUUUUAUUGCUUGUUGUUGAAUCAAUUGAUAUUACAUGUACCUCUUUUUGAUGCCUUCAUUUAUAACGUUCAAAAGUACACGUGUUCGUGGUAAAAUAGCUUUCUCAUAUUGUACUCAUAGUGUAAAGGUAGCAAGUUGUAGUUGCCAUAAUGAUUACAGCUUGUAUGUUACGGUCAAAGUAAACUGUAGCUCCGGAACUGGAAGGCUAUCAAAGGAGUUUUGUCUGCUAUCGAAUAUGCACGUGCAAACCCGUGUAUACGUUUAAGUGUUAGUAACAUCAUACUUUAUAAACAGUGCGAUAAAUUGCAUGUUUGCUGUGAGAUUCAUAACACUUUAACAAGUGCCUGUGUAUCGAAUGCUUCACUAGCCCCUGUAUCGAAUGCUUCACUAGCCCCUAGACUAAGGUAAUUUUUGUUGUUCCAUUUUAAGUUUGUUUUCUAUGUCCAGUCUUGAAAUCUCUAAAACAGACUGUCUCUAUAACCUGUAACAAAGAGAAAUAAAAAAGAAAUAAAAAUA